AUGAUACUCCGAUUGACCCUCCUCGUUCCUUGCCUUCUCGCAGCUCUCAUAUACGGUGCCAAUGCUGACCCAAACGCUGGGUCGCUAUAUCCACCCGGACUUAUGCCCCUCAUUCAGCGAGCAGACGUGCUGCUCUCUGCGGGGCAGUAUAACGAUGCUGUGAAGAUCUAUUCUGAAGCAAUAGAACAGUCUCCCGUUGAUUACCUGCUCUACUACAAGCGCGCGACAGCAUACUACUCGCUCAGCAGGCAUCCAGCUGCACUGUCCGAUUUUGACAAGGUGCUCGAGUUCACAUCAGGCUCGUUCGACAAGGCGUACCUCAUGAAAGCGCGUAUCCUCGCCAAGGAGGGUCGCUUCACAGAGGCACGCGACGCGAUCAAGCGCUACACGUCGAAUGUCAAGGACCAGGACGCGCAAGAAGUCUUGUAUUCCAUCAGCGAGGGUGAACUUGCUGCGAAGAAGGUCUCUCAGACGAUGCGUGCGAAGUUGUGGACCGCAUGCGAGGAGGCGGCAUUGACAGCAUUGAAGACUGCAUCACAUUCGGCGGAGCUGAGACAACAGCGCGCGGAUUGCGCUAUUGCCGCUGGUAACAUUGAGAGUGCAGUCGGUGACCUGACGCGGCUUACACAUCUGAUUACCCCGUCUACGGCAUUGCUCAUGAAGAUCUUCCGCCUUUCCUACUUUCUCGGCCCCUACAACCUCGGCGAGCAGUCUACCGCCCUCAACACGCUCAAGCAGUGCCUCCACUACGACCCUGACUCUUCCGAAUGUCUCCCCGCCCACCGUCUCGUCAAGUCCCUCGAUAAGUCCUUCAAGGCGCUCGAGAAGCAUCUUGCAGCGGAGGAUUGGCGCGCCAUCGUCAAACUACUCGCAUCGCCCGCCGAGGGCGGUAAGGACGGCGUACUCUCGUCCUUCGACGUCGCGCUCGAGGCACACACGAAGCGUGGGGCACUUGGGCUCCCCGCCGUUGUCCCGACUCCGUCAGCGAAGCGCACGUCCCCGCGGCGAGCGGUGCUCCUGCGCGAUCCGAAGAAGGGUGAGCGCUGGUGUGAGGCGCUACUCGGGAUGGAGGGCAUGCAGGACGACGCGGAUGGUCUUCUCGGACGCGGGGAGGCGUUGUUGGCGAAGGAGGAGUGGGAGGAGGCGGUACGGGUGCUCGAGCGCGCGUUUGAGGCGAGUGGGCGGAGCAGUCGCGAGAUACACCAGAAGCUGCAGAAGGCGCAGCGUCUGCUGAAGCAGUCGAAGCAGAAAGACUAUUACAAGGUUUUAGACGUGCCACGCGACGCCGAUACUGCGACAAUCAAGAAGGCUUACCGUAACGCUGCAAGAAAGGCGCACCCGGACAAGGGUGGCAGCGAGGCGAAGAUGGCUGCCGUCAAUGAGGCUUAUGAGGUGCUCAACAACCCAGAACUGCGCCAACGGUUCGACAAUGGCGACGACCCGAACGACCCGAUGGCAGGUCAGGGAGGCAGCCCAUUCUCAGGUGGCGCCGGGGGUGCGCAGCACUUCCAACAGUUCUUCCAGCAGGGCGGUUUCCAGUUCCACUACAGCCCGCCGGGCUUUCACUGAGCAUUGGCGCUCGUGUACACAUGGGUCACGUUCUGAAGAACUUAGAUUUGAAUGUGAUGUUGCCGAUUUCAGCAGGCACGGCUUGCCUUCCGUCAGUCCGGUUCCUCCUUCUUUAUCUUCUCUGUCUUCGCAUAUCCGGCAUCUUUGCGCAUUGUAUACUCCUGCACGUUGUAAUCUUGUGUUUUAUGGCAUGGACUCCAAUAAC